AUGCAAGAAGAACUUGACUUCCUUAAUGAUCCAAUUGAUGAUGAUGACACAAGUUGUGAUUGUUUAGAAGGAGAGAAUAUUAAACUUCUUAAAAAAGAAAUAAAAUAUAAGAAUAGAAUGAAACAACUAGAAUUAUCUAAUCACCAAAAAGAUAAACUUUUUGGUCAACGACUUUUAAAUAAUAAAAAUCGAUUUAAUCCGUUAAUAUAUAAAAUGAUAAUUUUUGUAAUAAUUUCAUUUAUUAUAAUAAGUGUUUUGUAUAGAUUUAAUGAAAUUGUUGAAUAUAGAAUUGAUGUGUUAAUGUCAUCAUUGUUAUUUAUUAUUAUUACAUCAUAUUGUAUAUUGUAUUAUUUGUUUAAUUAA